CCCAUCCGUCGAGACUCGAAAGAGGGGAAGAUCAGACGUCACCACUAAGACUCGUCUUCCUCCCUCUUCUCCUCGGUCGAUUCGCUCCCCCCGAUUAACUCCGCGUGCUAACCACCACCACCACCGCCGCCGCUCCCCCCAAACCCUAGCUUCCCCCUCGGCCUCGCCGCCGGCCGCGAUGGCGGAGACCGUCGACGACAAGGUCAGCUACUUCCAGGCGGUCACCGGCAUCUCCGACCACGACCUCUGCACCGAGAUCCUCGCCGCGCACAACUGGGACCUCCAGCUCGCCGUCUCCUCCAUCACCGCCAACCCGUCCUCCCCUCCCGCCGACCCCGCGGCGGCCCACUCCGCGCCGUCGGCACCGAGGGAGGCGGAUUUGGCCGCGGCGCCGCCUCAUCCGCAGCAGCAGCAGCCGGGGAUCGCGUGGAAGCUGGUGACGCUGCCCUUCUAUGUGGUCUCUGGUGGGGUUGGGCUCAUCGCCGGGUCGAUCCGCCUGGGUGCCUGGGUCGCCGGAGGGGUGCUGUCCCGCUCCCUCUCCCUCCUCGGCGUCGCGCAGGGGAGCGGCGGCGGCGGCGGCGACCGGCUCCUCGAGCUGCCCCCGUCGGCUGCCGAGGCGGUUGACUUCCUGGCGGAGUUCGAGCUCGAGUUUGGCGCCAGCCGUGGCCCGCGCUUCGUCGCCGAGGGCUUCGCGGAUGCAUUGCAGCGUGCGCAGCGCGAGUACAAGCUUCUCUUCGUGUACCUUCACUCUCCUGAUCACCCGGAUACCCCAGCUUUCUGCGGCGGUUGCCUCUGCUCUGAGCCAGUGGCGGCCUUCAUUGAUGAGAACUUUGUUGCGUGGGGUGGUAGUAUCAGAAGGACCGAAGGGUUCAAGAUGAGCAACAGCCUGAAUGCAUCAAGGUUCCCCUUCUGUGCGGUGGUCAUGGCAUCUACGAACCAGAGAAUUGUGUUGUUGCGGCAGAUUGAGGGGCCCAAAUCACCUGAAGAGAUGAUAACGACUCUUCAAGGGGUGGUUGAAGAGUGUAGUGCAUCACUCGUUGCUGCAAGGAUUGAAGCUGAAGAGAGGCUAAAUAAUCAACGGUUACGUGAGGAACAAGAUGCUGCUUAUAGAGCUGCACUAGAAGCUGAUCAGGCCAGGGAACGCCAACGGAGAGAGGAACAGGAAAAGCGUGAAAGAGAGGCUGCAGAGGCUGAGAGAAAGCGCAAAGAAGAAGAGGAGGCUCAAGAAAGGGCUGCCCAAGAAGCCGCUGAAAAGGAAGCUGCUCUUGCAAGGAGGAGACAAGAGAAGGCCAUGGCUCUUGGAGCUGAACCUGAGAAAGGGCCUGAUGUUACUCGGGUUCUUAUACGCUUUCCAACAGGAGAGCGCAAAGAAAGGAGAUUCCACAGUUCUACCACAAUCACUUCACUGUAUGACUAUGUUGAUUCUUUGGAUUGCUUGAAAGCAGAAAAGUACAGCCUUGUUUCGAAUUUCCCGAGGGUAACGUACGGUCCAGAAAAACACUCCCAAACACUGGAGGAAGCAGGUUUGCAUCCGCAGGCGAGCUUGUUUAUUGAGAUAGAACAAUGAGGUGUUAAGUUUGUACAAGUUCUGAACGGGAACCUGCAGGUAUAGGUGCUCCUUUUACAUUUUAUUUAACAACAGUCAAGACCUUAAUGUAUGACAUUAUACUGAGAAAUGUCUUCGAUGCAAAUGUUUCUUUUGUCUUCUCAUUCAUUCAAUAAAUUCACCUUCAC